AUGGUCUCUUCAACACAUUCAUUGAGCGCUGGAUCGCUGAUGCUCGCUUUGUUAUGUUCCCCCGUGGCAGCCACAACUUACUCCCUGGUGGAAAAUUGGCAGGGGAAGAAUUUCCUGGAUUAUUUCAAUUUCCACGUUGGUUCUGACCCGACCAACGGCUUCGUUAACUAUCUCGACAAGGAGACCGCCGAAAGUUCAGGCCUCGUCAAGGUCACCGACAGUGGUAGUGUGUAUCUGGGUGUCGACCAUGCCACCAAGCUGGACGCCAACGGCAAGAAGGGCCGUGAUUCGGUGCGUAUUGGCAGCAAGAAAUACUACGACCAAUCUCUGGUCAUCGCCGAUAUCGCCCACAUGCCUGGUAGCACCUGCGGUACCUGGCCUGCCUUCUGGUCUGUCGGAAAGAAUUGGCCGGCAGACGGUGAGAUUGAUAUCAUCGAGGGUGUCAACAUGGCGGAUCACAACGAAAUUGUCAUGCACACAGCCGGUACUUGCAGUUUGACAGAUACGGAUAUGACCGGUUCCGUCAACGCUACAGGCUGUGGUGAGGAUCUUGGUACCGUCGGUUGCAAGAUCGAGGGUCACGAGGGGAGCUAUGGCACAUCCUUCAACAAACAAAACGGUGGUUUGUAUACGCUGCAGUGGACCGACGAUUUCCUCAAGAUUUGGUUCUUCCCCCGAAGCUCCAUCCCGGCCUCGAUUACUAGCGGCAAGCCCGAUGUAACGGAAUUCGGUACGCCGAUGGCCCUGGUGCAGGAAUCGUGCGACGUUGCCACCGCCUUCAAGUCCCAGUCGUUUGUUUUCGAUGUCACCUUCUGUGGAGAUUGGGCAGGUGGUGUGUACGGUGACUCUGGUUGCCCCAUGACCGGCGGCGAUUCCUUCCAGAGCUGCCACAACUACGUCGCCAACAACCCGGCUCAGUUCAAGGAGACUUACUGGGAAAUCAACUCCGUCAAGAUCUACCAGGCUGGUGUGAAGGGAAUUGCCUCGGUUUCAUCAUCGGAGCCCGAGCCGGCCACGACUGCUGCUGCUCCUGUGGCUUCGAAGAUAACUGCUGAGACCCACGCUACUCACACUGCUACUACUGCUACUGCUGUGCAUUCAGUUGCUUCCAAGGAAGAUCAAACCGCUGGAGCGGUCCAGGAACUGACUACUGCGUCUGUUCCUACUGUUGCAGCUACUGUCGAAAGCUCUGCCACCCAAGCAGUCGAGCAGCCUUCUGGCAAGAAGACUAGCACAAUCACCUCUAUAGUUACUGCAACUGAAACUAUCUGCCCCGAGGCCGAAAAGUCCUCCACUAUUGCCGCGCACUCCUCCGUGCCAGCCACGGUCACUGCUCCAGCUGUGCAACCUGUCCAAGUCCCAGCCCACGGCCAAGAUCCGGAGGCACACACCUCUGCCUCUCCUGUGUUCCCCUCCAGCGUCGCAUCAGUCUCAGCUGGUCACGGUCAUGGUCAUGGUCACAGUCACGGUCACACCCAAUCGAAGCAUGCAUCCAUUCCUGUUGCCACGCCCGUUGCAGCUGAACCCACCUCCGUCGCCACUGAGAGUUUCGGUAAUUCAUGGGCACCUUCUGCCAUCCCCUCUGCCGUUGUCUCCGACGUUCCUUACGAGCCUUCCAGGGCUCAGAUCCCUGCCACUUCUGAUGCAUCCGCGCAGCAGGCUACCUCGGCUACCUCGGCCUUCUAUGUUCCUACCGGCUCUGAAUCUGGAGCCAGCCCUGUCUUUACCGGUGCCGCUGAUCGAUUGUCCAUGAGUAUGUCGACUCUCUUCCUUGGAGUCAUUGUUGCCUUCUUGGUUUGA